AUGCAGCCAAAAUUUCACGAAUUAGACUCAAUCAGCCACAUUACCUUUCACCUCCGCGAUGACGAUCAAGAUACACUGAAGACCUUGAAAGCUAAGAUGUUAGAACUUACGACUCAAAUUUCGGUCCUGGAAAAACUCGAGCCCGUCGCAAGGCUCAUUCGUCGUAGAGAGCCGCUGCCGCUGCGGAAAUUGAGUUUCAAUAUCAGAAAGCUAUCAGACAGCAACUCGAAAACUGAUUCUCGUGGGGAAUCUCGCUGGGCUAGACUCCAAAGCCUGGGAUGUUACCAUAUGCUCGAAUUCCAGACUAGAGAUACAAACGAGCGUGAUACGCCUGAAGAGGAACCCGCAACGAAACGCAUACGUAUUGAUCAUGCAGAGGAAGAAACCUGCGAAGCUGAAUUACAGGCUUGUGCCAGCUUCGGAAUGGAAAACGAGCGUCGAACACCGCCUUCAAAUGAUGGAAAGAGAGAAAUGAAAUAUAUGUUCACAAAUGCCCCUGCCAGCGCUAUUUCAACCUUGCCAGAACCGUUCAAACAAGCCGUCGAGAACAGCCGGCUGUGGAAGUGGGAAAGAAGCCAGGGUUUGGGACAGACGGGAUGUCUGGCUAGUUUGUUCCUAAAGGAUGUGAUGCAGGAUGUGUCAUUCACCAUCUGGUGCGGUCAUGACGAGGGAUAUCAUCUGAACAGUGUAUUUAGGAUGCGCCGUGAAAUAACCUCCUAG